AUCCUAUGAAAUGUUUCCCGCGUUGAGAGAACAAACUUCCAUAUUUGGACACUAUCAAUAUUUCAAUUCCAUUAAAUCUUCCGCUAAAAAAAAGAAUCCAUAUCUUGCGUGACUCAUUAUCAAUCAUUCCGAAUUUCAACAUAUGCACGGAAAUCUGCACCGACUGCACUUAUACUUCACUAUAUAUUCCUUAAUGUCCCAAAGAGCUGGACAGUGCAAUCGCAACCAUUGAGCUGAGAGCAAGAUGGAUCGUUGGGUAGGUAAAGUGGCUGUCGUAACGGGAGCAAGUGCAGGCAUCGGUGCCGUUAUAGCGGAAGAACUUGCCAAAGCGGGCAUGAUCACGGUGGGGUUGGCUAGGCGAGUCGAACGCGUAGAAGCACUGAAAGGACGUCUUCCUACGAAAGUGGCAUCACGAUUGCAUGCCAUGAAAUGUGACGUAUCCAACAAGGAGGAUAUCGAAACAGCGUUCCAGAAGAUUCGUGAACAAUUUAGUGGCAUCGAUGUGCUAAUCAACAAUGCUGGAGUCGUAAGACAGACCGCUCUGCUAGCGGAUGACGACGGACAGGGUUUGAAGGAUAUUUUGGAUACCAACGUCCUAGGAUUGACGCUGUGCACCCGGGAAGCAUUCAAAUCGAUGAAGCAGCGUUCGGUGGCUGGUCAUAUUGUGCACAUUAAUAGCAUCGCUGGACACAAAGUCUUACAGUUUCCGCACAUGAACAUGUAUGCUGCUAGCAAGUUUGCCGUAACUGCAAUCACGGAAACCAUGCGAAACGAGCUGAGGGAGAUGCAUUCUGAAGUAAAAGUUACAAGCAUCAGUCCCGGGGUUGUAAAAACUGAGAUUGUAGCCGGUCUGGAUGACCACAAGGAUUUCCCUAAACUGGAAAGCGAAGACAUCGCCAACGCAGUUCUCUACGUGCUAGGAACGCCGGAACAUGUGCAGGUUCACGAGCUGAUUAUCAAACCCGUUGGUGAACAGUUUUAAAAGAACUUGAUAGAAGAUUCAAAGUGGCGUGUUAAAAAUUCUUAUGGAUGGAACAUCAUCCUAAAACUCUGAUAGUUUCUAUUUUCUAUUAUUCUGGUUUUAAUCAAAAAUAAUAUGUCAAAGCAAGGAACGUGAAUUUUGAAUUAUAAGAAUGUGCUAUAUAAGAAGUACUUUAUUUAAAUUUAGGUUGAGUAGUUUGUGAAUAUCACUGAAGACAUUUUUAAUGGAAGGAAAACGUACCAAUAAAAAUACUUGAAAAUCCA